AAACAAGAAAGGUAUUAGUCGUGUUACCAACAAGAAAAUCCUCCAAUAUUUGACAAACAUUACUACUUCAUUUGCUACCUCACCUAAUUAGCAAGCAAACAAGUUAGAAAACUAAUCACUAAGCCCCACAUCAGUUUACUUCCUAGCCAUAUUUUAUUCUAGAAACCUCACAAUCUCUUCUUAUAUAUAUGUUCGUAAAUCUUCCUUCUAUUUUCACUUAUUGUGUCUUAAGUCUCUUAGCACAUACGUACACAUAUAUUUUCGAUUGUGAUUAGUCUCGCUACCUCUUUAGUCACCACAAAGGUUAAGGAAAUGGCAAGGCUAAUGUUUCAAGUGAUGGAGUUUGUACUCUUCACAAUCUUCGUGGUUAGCCCAAGUACGACCUGGGCUAGCAUGGCGUCUCAGGCCGAUGAAUGGGCUAAAACAGUUGAAGAAGGCAAGGAGCGUACAACUACUCUUCAGUUUUAUUUUCAUGACACCCUUAGUGGCAAGUCUCCAAGUGCGGUUAAGGUGGCUCAACCCAUACAACAAGAAAACCAGACCCUCACGGGUUUUGGGGUCGUCAUGAUGGCUGACGACCCACUAACGGUAGGGCCUGACCCAAAGUCCAAGCUUGUGGGCCGGGCCCAAGGACUUUAUGGAUCAGCUUGCCAGGAUGAAUUGGGCCUAGUGAUGGCCCUUAGCUACACCUUCAAUGAUGGAAAGUACAAUGGGAGCUCCAUUAGCAUAAUGGGCCGGAACUCGGCCAUGGAGCCGGUGAGAGAGAUGCCGGUUGUCGGAGGAACUGGGUUUUUCCGGAUGGCCCGUGGGUAUGCCCUGGCUCAUACAUACUGGAUUGAUGUUAAAACCGGGGAUGCCAUUGUUGGGUAUAAUGUUACACUUGUUCACUAAAUUACUAGUUAAUUGUGUUAUUGUCGAUUUUUCUUUGUACCAAAACAAUAGUACGGUAUACUUGAAAUAAUGCUCUAAACUCAUGCUUGAUAGUUAGCUUAAUUUAUUACUCCCCUUAGCUUAAUCUUCUUUAUGUUUGUAAUCUCAUUUUUAUUUCUCUUGUCCCAUUAAUGUUGCAUUUUAAAACUAGUUUGAAACAAAUAUGUUGUAGGGAAAUGUAUGAAUUUAUGAAAGUGUUACAUAAUCCUCCAUCCCAGGCAUAUUCAAUCUACAUAUUCGCAGUUUUCUUAAAGUUGUCAUAA